CCCUUGGUCUUCCCAAUUAAAAGGGAAAUUUAAAAAAUAUAUCCUUGGACUCAUUCUGACAUUAUUUGAAAAUUGUAAUUUGCAAAACACUGUUCUCCUUGUAAAACAUAAUUUUAAGUAUAUUUAAGUUAUAAACUUUAUAAAAUUGUUGUCUGUCUACAUUUUCGAAUAAUACAGGUGAUAAAGAAAAAAAUGUAAUACAGACAAAAAUAUUCUGUAACCUUAUAUACCCAAACAGACAAAAUGGGUGAAAUAAAUAAGAAACAAAACGACUGGGAUUCUAGUAAAGGUUUACGAGAACCUAUAAAAGCUUUGGAGGAUAAAUGGAAGUUGGUACCAUCAUUUUUGGAAGUAAAGGGUUUAGUAAAACAACACAUAGAUUCCUUUAACUAUUUCAUCAAUGUAGAAAUUAAAAAAAUUGUUCAGGCAAAUGAAAAAGUAUUUUGUGAAUCAGACCCAUUGUUUUACAUUAAGUACCUCAAUGCUUAUGUUGGUACCCCUGAUCUGGAAGAAGGUUUUAACGUUUCUAAGCGUACCACUCCACAUGAAUGUAGGCUUCGAGAUAUGACAUACUCCGCUCCUAUCACAGUUGAUAUUGAAUACAUAAGAGGUAAUCAAAGAGUGAUUAAAAAUAAACAACUGAUUGGUAGAAUGCCACUUAUGCUGCGCUCUUCUAACUGUGUCUUGACAAAUAAAUCUGAUUAUGAAUUGGCACAAUUGAAUGAAUGCCCACAUGAUCCAGGUGGCUAUUUCAUUAUAAGAGGACAAGAGAAAGUAAUAUUAAUCCAGGAACAGUUAUCAAGGAAUCGUAUGAUUGUCGACGAGUUUAAAGGUGCCAUACAAUGUCAAGUGACCAGUUCUACUCAUGAAAAGAAGACACGUACUAAUGUAAUCGUUAAAAACGGAAAGUAUGUGCUACGACAUAAUGCUUUAUCCGAUGAUAUACCAAUAGCAGUAGCUUUCAAAGCUAUGGGCAUAUGUAGUGAUCAAGAAAUAAUGCAGUUAGUUGGAACAGAUGAUACAAUUGUAAAAAAAAUGGCUCCUUGCAUUAUGGACUGCCACAAUCUGAAGAUCUUUACACAGAACCAAGCUUUGGCAUAUGUUGGAAGCAAACUCAAAGUUAAAAGGUUUCAGACAGGCAACGCAAAGGCGCGCACACCGAUCGAUGAAGCCCGCGAUCUUUUCGCAACCAUUAUAUUGGCGCAUGUCACAGUUGAAAAUUAUAAUUUCUAUGUAAAAGCUAUUUAUUUAGCAAUUAUGGUAAAAAGGGUAAUUGAAGCAGAAAAUAACAAAGCCGCAAUAGAUGAUCCCGAUUACUAUGGAAAUAAAAGGCUUGAGUUAGCUGGAUCUCUGUUAGCUUUGAUGUUUGAAGAUUUAUUCAAAAGAUUCAAUUGGGAGCUUAAGUCUAUAGCGGAUAAAAUAAUACCCAAAGUAAAAGCAGCUCCAUUUGACAUAGUUAAACACAUGAGACCAGGUUUAAUAGCUAAUGGACUGUUUGCAGCAAUUUCAUCAGGUAACUGGACCAUCAAGAGGUUUAAAAUGGAGAGGCAUGGUGUAACACAAGUUUUGAGUCGUCUGAGUUAUAUAUCAGCUCUUGGGAUGAUGACCAGAGUCAACUCUCAGUUUGAGAAAACAAGAAAAGUGUCGGGUCCGCGCUCAUUGCAGCCCUCGCAGUGGGGCAUGUUGUGUCCCUCAGACACUCCGGAAGGCGAAGGUUGUGGUUUAGUGAAAAAUUUGGCGUUGAUGACACAUAUUACAACGGAAUGUUCAGAAGAACCUAUCGCAAGAUUGGCUUGUAAUGCGGGCGUUGAAGACGUAAGACUUUUGGGUGGUGAAGAAAUUAAUCAUCCUGCUGUUUACAUGGUCUUCCUCAAUGGUAACAUAUUGGGUGUCUCGCGCCAAUACAAACGACUUAUAAAAGUGUUCAGAAUGUUCAGACGACGUGGAUUGAUUUCGGCAUUUGUCUCAAUUUAUCCUAAUCAUAAUCAAAGGACGGUUUAUAUAUGCAGCGACGGGGGGAGAUUAUGUCGUCCGUAUAUUAUCGUUGAAAAAGGCUAUCCAUUAGUACAACAGUUCCACAUAAAUGACUUAAACAGAGGUAUCAGAAAGUUCCAAGACUUUCUCAACGACGGCCUUAUCGAGUAUUUGGAUGUGAAUGAAGAGAAUGACAGUCACAUCGCGACCCGUGAGGCGGAUAUCGAUCCGUAUGUAACGACUCAUCUUGAAAUUGAACCUUUCACAAUAUUGGGCGUGUGUGCUGGGCUUGUUCCUUAUCCACAUCAUAACCAAAGUCCAAGAAAUACCUAUCAAUGUGCUAUGGGUAAACAAGCUAUGGGAACUAUUGGCUAUAAUCAGAAAAACAGAAUCGACACUCUUAUGUAUAAUUUGGUAUAUCCACAAUGUCCGAUGGUGAAAUCGAGAACAAUAGAACUGAUAAAUUUCGACAAGUUACCAGCUGGACAAAAUGCCACCGUGGCUGUAAUGAGUUACAGUGGUUAUGACAUAGAAGACGCUUUGAUAUUGAACAGAGCUUCCAUUGACAGAGGGUAUGGACGAUGCCUCGUAUACAAAAGCGCCAAGACUACCAUGAAAAGAUACAGCAACCAAACUUCAGAUAGAAUUUUAGGACCGUCGAGAGAUGCUGCUACGGGUAAAGUGAUAAGAGCGCAUGAAAUUUUAGAUAUUGAUGGAAUAGCCGCCCCGGGGGAAAUGGUCGAAAAUAGACAAGUGUUGAUAAACAAGCAGAUGCCACCCGCCACCCUUAACCCUGUGACCCAAGGCCAGCCGCAGCAAAUUGAUUACAAAGACGUACCAAUCACGUAUAAGGGCCCCGUCGAAUCUUACAUCGAAAAAGUUAUGGUGUCUUCUAAUUCUGAGGAUGCAUUUUUAAUCAAGAUAUUGUUAAGACAAACCCGUGUUCCUGAAAUAGGAGACAAGUUCAGUUCUAGACACGGUCAGAAAGGUGUUACUGGGUUGAUAGUCCAACAAGAAGACAUGCCUUUUAAUGAUAGAGGCAUAUGUCCCGACAUGAUCAUGAACCCCCACGGAUUUCCGUCUCGGAUGACAGUCGGCAAAACGAUCGAACUAUUAGCAGGAAAAGCCGGAUUAAUGGAAGGCAAAUUUCAUUAUGGUACUGCAUUUGGAGGUUCCAAAGUACGUGAUGUUUGUGCAGAAUUAGAAAAACACGGGUACAAUUACCACGGCAAAGACAUAUUUUAUUCCGGUCUAACUGGAGAACCGUUAGAGGCAUAUAUUUAUUCUGGACCUGUAUAUUAUCAAAAACUGAAACACAUGGUGCAAGAUAAGAUGCACGCCCGCGCGCGAGGUCCCCGCGCCGUGCUGACGCGCCAGCCGACCGAGGGACGCUCGCGGGACGGAGGACUGAGGCUCGGCGAGAUGGAACGGGACUGCCUAAUAGGAUAUGGCGCCAGCAUGCUGCUGAUGGAGCGGCUGAUGCUGGCGUCGGACGCAUUCAGCGCAGACAUCUGCGACGCGUGCGGGCGGCUGGCGUCGCGCGCCUGGUGUCACGCGUGCCGCUCCUCCGCCGCCGUCUCCAGCAUAGAAAUGCCUUACGCUUGCAAACUGCUAUUCCAGGAGUUAGCGUCCAUGAAUAUUGUACCUAAGCUUACUCUUAAAAAGUACUGUUAAAACUAUGUAAUGGAUAACAAUAUAAUAAAGGUUGGCGCCUCGGAGUAAAUAAACGUUUUCGCUUAUUA